AUGCGAAAGCCCAUACUUUUUACUAUUAUUGCUGCUAUUUUGGUGGUAAUAACUGUUGUUAUAACACUAUCUGUUGUUUUAACAAGAAAAAGUGAUACAAAAGACGUAGUAACAGAUAAUACUACAACUACAAUACCAACACUAGCAGUGACAAGCCCAUUAACAACACCAGCAACGACAACAGCAGUAGUAACAAGACCAUCAACAACAACAACAACAUUGACAAUACCAUUAACAACACCAGCAACAGUGACAAGACCAUUAACAACAAAAGCAACAGUAACAACGCCACCAACAACAAAAAUAACAGUAGUAACAACAGCACCACUAACAACAAGAGUAACAACCACAACAUCAACAGCAAGAGUAGUUACAACAACCAAAGCGUUAAUGGAAACAACAGAAACCAUAAUUAACGGUAUAGUCUAA